AACAGUUUUAAAUGUCUACCACUCGGCACUCAUGAGUGGGGACUGGGGACACAAUAAAUUAUUGUCUCUCAUGGCCUAUUAGUGAUUAGUCUCAUAAGUCAUAAACUCAUAACUAUCGUAAUGUUAAAUGUACUGUAACUGUGUGACUAUAUUAUGUCAUUACUCAACACUCAUUAGUCGUUAGUCAUUUUACUAUUUAGUCGUAUCUAUUGUUAAAUAUAAUUUGAAAUAUCGAACUCCCGACUCCCGAGCAAAUAAUUCUAUUCAGACGAUCGUCGAAGUUCACACGAUCUAUUUUCCAUGCAAUCACUGUACCUAGCUCCCCCGAACAUUAAAAUAUGUCACCGAUAUUCUUACGAAGACUUUUUUUUUUACCCAAUACUAUCGAAUAAUGUUUAAAAUAAUUAUCGAAUCCGGUCACCGCAUGCCAUGUAUUUAACGCGCGAUAGCAAUAAUAAUUAUUAUUUGGUCUAGUUUAUACCAUUCCCGUCGUGGUGACUAAACCAACGGAGUUGUUUGACAGUCGCUAUAAUGGUUCAUAAUUAUUUGUUUGUUUCUUUUAAUAAUAAUAAAAAUAAUCGUUAUUGUUAAAAUGUCCGAGUUCCUGUUAAACCCGUCGUAAACAAUUUGAAAUGGCAUCGGACGAUUGUAAGAAUCUCUUGUAUGACCAAGCAUGCUUACAAGUGUGGGCAGACAAUGCUCCGAAUAUUUCAUUAUGGAUGCAAACGAAAGAAUGUUACAAAUGCGAUUUAUUGAAAAAAGAAAACAUAUCUAACAACGGAGUUACUAAUAUCAGAUUAAAUACAAUUUAUAGUCUCUGGCUAGAUUUAACCAAUGACAGCAGCCAUAAUAAUUGCAGAACACUUCAUACUUUUGAAGAACAUGGAGUUUAUCAAUGGAAUAUUUCAAGCAAUUUCAAUUGUUCCCAAAUCAAACAAAUAUCAACUCCUCAAGAUCUAUUCAUGCCAUUUGUCUAUGCAUUGUUGCUCAUAAUACCUGCCUUUGCUGUUUGGUUUUUCAUCAAUUAUCUGCAAAGGACCUAUGUUGUGCCAUCUGUGUUCCGAUUUGCAUCAAAAACAGAUUUGGAUAUUGAAAAUAUGUUUCAGACGGCCCCUAGCCGUGAUGUACAAACAUUUGAUGGUUCUGAUGUCGAAUUAAAAAAUGCGGAUUUUGGAACUGGUUCUAAUGAACCGGUUAUUAUUCAUCCUCAAAUUCCGACACCUGUCAAAAAUAAUAGUUAUCGUAUCACAUCGUUAGACACAUUUAGAGGGAUAUCUAUCAUAUUAAUGGUAUUUGUCAAUCUAGGAGGUGGACAUUAUUGGUUCUUUGAACAUGCUCCAUGGAAUGGUAUCACAUUAGCAGACUUCAUAUUGCCUUGGUUUUGUUGGGUCAUGGGAGUAAGUAUAGCCAUAUCAUUGCGAUCUCAACUUCGUUCAAGCACCAAAAGAAAAUAUGUCUUUGGUCGCGUCAUUCGAAGAUCAAUUGCCCUAUUGAUCAUGGGUUUAGUGCUAAAUUCUGUUAACAACAAUAAUUUAAGAACUUUUAGACCAUUGGGUGUAUUACAGAGACUAGCACUUAUAUACUUUAUAGCAGCAACAUUGGAAACAAUUUUUAUGAAACCCCAACCCUAUUUUACGAAUACCAGAUUAGACGUAAUCCGAGAUAUAAUUGAAAGUGCCCGGCAAUGGUUUAUAGUAAUUAUAUUAGUAGCUAUUCAUACUGUCAUUACUUUCUUUUUACCUGUACCUGGUUGCCCUAAAGGUUACUUGGGACCAGGGGGCCUCUACAAUAGUUCGUCAAACACUAAUUGUACUGGUGGUGCUGCUGGAUAUAUUGAUAGGCUAGUAUUUGGCGAAAACCAUAUGUACCCUGGUUCACCCAAACCUGUUUAUCAGUCAAUACCAUUUGACCCUGAAGGUAUUUUAAGUACUUUGACAAAUACUUUACUUGUAUAUAUGGGUGUACAUGCUGGUCGCAUUAUCUUAUGUUAUCAGUAUACAAAUGAACGGAUCAAACGUUGGAUUGCUUGGACUAUAGUACUAGGUCUAAUUGGAGGUUGUUUGUGUAACUUUUCUAAAGAAGAUGGCUUAAUACCAAUUAAUAAAAAUUUGUUCUCUUUGUCUUAUGCAUUUAUUACUGGAAGUUCUGCAUUUUUAAUAUUCAUUAUACUGUUCUUAAUUAUUGAACAUUGGAGACUUUGGGGUGGAUCACCAUUUAACGAAAUUGGUCAAAAUUCAAUUAUGCUUUACCUUGGACACAAUAUAUUUUACAAUACACUUCCGUGGAGAUGGCAACCGGUAAAUGAGACUUCUCACACGGAAUAUUUAGUUAUGGAUUGUUGGGCAACAAUAUUUUGGUGUGCAAUAGCAUUAGUGAUGCACAAGAAAAAUAUAUUUAUUGUAGUAUAAUUAAGUUUUAGAAUUAUUUUAAUAGCUAAAUUAUUACUCAUAAUGACUUAAGUAGCAUUUUUAUUAUUCUAAAUUAAUAUAGUAAAAACAGUCACAUUAUCAAGAUAAUUUCUAACUAUAUUAUGAAUGGAUCAAAAUAGGAUUUAAAAACAAUUUUCUCUAACCAAAAUUGUUUUUAAUUUAUUUAUUGAUUUUCAAAUAUGGAAAGAUACAUUUUGAUUGUUGACUAAGUUUGAAGAGUUAUAAAAAUUGCUGUAUAUUUAAAAGAAAACAAAUCGGAGUUCCUUGGUAACUUCCAUAUUUUAAUUAUUGUCAUCAGUUUAAUUUAAAUACAUAUUAUUGUACUUAACUAUUUUAUUUUUGUAUUACUACUUUUCUAAUGCUUAUUGUUAAAAUAUUAAUACUAUUUUAUACUUAUUAUAAUAAUUUUUUUAACACGUUUUAUGUAUUUUUCUUA